GGGGCCGCGGGCAGGUGCGCGGGGCGGGAGCCCGGGGGCGGCGCCCUGCGCGGGGCCCUCCCUCGGCGGGGCCUGCGGCGGGAGAGCCGGGCGCGCGCGGGCCGCGGAGAGCCGGCGGCGAUGGCGCGGGGCGCGCGGGGCGCCGCGGGGUGGCCGCUGCUGCUGCUGCUGCUGCUGCUGCUGCUGAUCUGCAUUAACUUUGGAAAUGGGCUCCAUUUAGAGGCCUUAAACACAGGACUUGAAAAUAAGCUGCUUCCCUCGCGUACUCACUCAGUGCGGCAGAAGCGCGCCUGGAUCACAGCCCCUGUGGCUCUUCGGGAGGGAGAGGAUCUGUCCAAAAAGAAUCCAAUUGCCAAGAUACAUUCUGAUGUUGCAGAAGAAAGAGGACUCAGAAUUACUUACAGAUACACUGGAAAGGGGAUCACAGAGCCGCCUUUUGGUAUAUUUGUCUUUAAUAAAGACACAGGAGAAUUGAACAUUACCAGCAUUCUUGAUAGAGAAGAAACACCGGCUUUUCUGCUAACUGGUUACGCUUUGGAUGAAAAAGGAAACAGCCUAGAGAAGCCAUUAGAGCUCCGCAUCAAAGUCCUGGAUGUCAAUGACCACGAGCCAGUGUUCACACAGGACGUCUUCGUCGGGUCUGUUGAAGAGUUGAGCGCACAACAUACACUUGUGAUGAAAAUCAGCGCAACAGAUGCAGACGAGCCCAACACUCUGAAUUCUAAGAUUUCUUACAGACUCGUAUCUCAGGAGCCUCCUUAUCCACCAGUAUUCCACCUCAACAAAGAUACAGGAGAGAUUUUCACAACCAGUAUUACCUUGGACAGAGAGGAGCACAACAUCUAUACUUUGACUGUAGAAGCAAGAGAUGGCAAUGGACAGAUAACAGAUAAGCGAGCGAGUCAAGCGCAAGUUCAGAUUCGCAUUUUGGACGUGAAUGACAACAUCCCUGUAGUGGAAAAUCAAAUGUAUGAAGGCAUGGUGGAAGAAAAUCAGGCCAAUGUAGAAGUUAUGCGCAUCAAAGUGUUCGAUGCUGAUGAAAUAGGCUCUGAUAACUGGUUAGCAAAUUUUACAUUUGCAUCAGGAAAUGAAAAGAGUUAUUUCCACAUAGAAACUGAUACUCAAACUAACGAAGGAAUCUUGACCCUUAUUAAGGAGGUGGAUUAUGAAGAAAUGAAGAGUCUUAACUUCAGCAUCAUUGUCACUAAUAAGGCAGCUUUUCACAAAUCUAUUAAGAAUAAAUAUAAACCUACGUCCAUUCCCUUCAAAGUAAAGGUGAAAAAUGUGAAAGAGGGCAUUCAUUUUAAGAGCAACACAAUCUCAUUUCACACCAGCGAGAGCAUGGACAAGUCAAGCCAGAGCCAAAUAAUUGGAAAAUUUCAAGCUUUUGACGAAGACACUGGACAGCCAGCCCGUGUAAAAUACACCAAAUUGGAAGAUAAAGAUAAUUGGGUCUCAGUGGACUCACUCACAUCCGAAAUUAGACUUAUAAAAAUUCCUGAUUUCGAAUCCAGAUAUGUCCAAAAUGGUACAUAUACUGUAAAGAUUUUGGCUAUAUCAGAAGAUUAUCCUAGAAAAACCAUCACGGGCACGGUCGUGAUCACAGUCCAAGACAUCAAUGACCAUUGCCCAACCCUGGUCAACCCAGUGCAGAACGUCUGUGAAGAUGCGCAGUAUGUGAACGUGACUGCAGAGGACCUGGAUGGGGGCCAGAACAGUGCGCCAUUUGGCUUCUCUGUUGUUGACAAACCAGCAGGAAUGACCGAGAAAUGGAAAAUAGUGCACCAAGAAAGCACCAGUGUGCUCCUGAAGCCGGGAGAGCGACAGCUUGGGAGAAGUGAGAUCCAGUUCCUGAUUUCAGAUAGUCAGGGCUUCAGCUGCUCUGAGAAUCAGGUCCUUAAGCUCACGGUCUGCCAGUGUCUGGACGGCAGUGGCUGUGUGGAAGCUCUGCAUGACUCCUACAUCGGCCUGGGGCCUGCAGCGAUUGCGCUGAUAAUUUUUGCCCUUCUGCUCUUGCUCCUUAUACCCCUUGCUCUGCUCAUGUGCCACUGUGGAGAGAGUGCCAAAGGCUUUGCCCCCAUCCCUGGCACCAUAGAGAUGCUGCAUCCCUGGAACAACGAAGGAGCGCCUCCUGAGGACAAGGCCGUGCGCUCGCUCCUAGUGGCAGGUCACGCAGCCAGUGCGGCGACGGGCAGUGGGGCCGGAGGCAUGGCAGCCGAGGAGACCAGCGUGCGGGGCAGCGGCUCCGCCUUGCUGACCGGAGCGCGGCUCGAGGUGUCACAGGUGGACGGCAGGUGGGAAGAGCGCAGAAGCCUGCUGGCCGGUGGGGCCGCCUGGGCUGCGGGGUCGGCAGGAGCCACGAGAGGCGCCGAUGCCGGGGCGGCCGCAAGAGCCCCGACGGCGUCCAGAGGGGUGGCCACAGCGCUGAGCGAGGCGUUCCUGGGGAGCUACUUCCGGGAGAAAGCUGACUCUUACAUCAAGGAAGAUGACACGCACACAGCCAAAGACUGCCUUCUGGUUUACUCUCAGGAAGAAACCAAUUCUCUGCAUGGUUCCAUCGGCUGUUGCAGUUUUAUUGAAGCGGAGCCAGAUGUCCGCUUCUUAGAUGAUUUGGGGUUCAAAUUUAAGACACUAGCUGAAGUUUGCUUGGGUCAAAAGAUAGAUAUGGAUGUGGAAAUUGAGCAGAGGCAAAGACCUGUGAGGGAAGGUGUGAAGGGAGCCUCACAUUCACUGUGGGAACAAACGGAGGGGAGGUCACAGAAGACCUGCCCCUCUGGCAGUUUUCAGGUUCCAGAAACUUUGCAUGAAGCAAACGCAGAGAGAGUUACACAGGAAAUGGUUACUGAAAGGUCUGUAACUUCUAGGCAGAGUCAGAAGGCAGCCACACCAGCCUCUGGUUCCGUGCCCCCAAGCGCUGUGACCCCGGGCCCCAGUCAGCCACAGGGCCUCAUUGUGACGGAGCGGGUGUACACACCAGCUUCCGCCCUGCUAGACCACCGUUACGCCAGUGAGGGCCGCGUCACGGUUACCAAGAGACUGAUACAGCCUAACGGGGGUGCACCCGGCCCUCUGCCAGAGGCACAUUAUGUCCUAGUGAGGGAAAGAGAGAGUUUCCUGGCCCCUGGCUCAGGCGUGCAGGCCUCGCUGGUCGUGCCCAGCGCAGUAGGACAGAACGUGACAGUGACAGAAAAUGUGCUAACACCUGCUUCCUCUCUGCAGUCCGGCUACCAAAUUCCCGCCGAAACCUCCAUGAUGGCCAGAAAAACCUUGGUUUCUGGAGCCGGAAUCCCUGACCCUCUGCCAAAUUUUGGGUUAGAGGAGUCUGGUCAUUCUAACUCUGCAGUAACCACAUCGUCCACCAGGGUCACCAAGCUUAGCACAGUCCAGCAUUCUUACUCAUAACCAGCAGUCAGCCACACUCUGUCCCGUGCUUAACUAGCAGUGACCCGUUUCAUAUUUUCAGGAGACCUGUCUUUCCAUAAGCCUUGCACAUGGGAGACACAUACACACUGGACUUAAGUCUCUCCCAGUCACUAGGAACACAUGGGUCUCGCUGUCUCAGGCCCCAGGCCUCAGACAUGCCUGGGACUUAGUGAGGCCUAAUGCUUCUGCGUCUAAGUGCCUUUCAGUGAGACAUGGCCAAACAAUAUUCACAAAGCAAGUUAAGUAGGCAGUAGAUCUGACUUCUGAGAAUUUGCCACAUUAGCACAGAAUAUCCAGGUCAUCGGCUGUGCAGGAGGGCCUCCAGGAAGCUGCUUGGGCCUCUGCACCCCAUGCUGAUGUUCAGCCUUGCUGCAUCCUGUACUCUGCACUCAACUGCACCUAGCAGGUUAUCAACAACUCAUUCAUCCAGAGGUGCCUGUGCAGGCUGGGUGGCCAGUUUUGUUCAUUUUCUUUAAGAUUAGAGGCCUUUUCAUCUGUGUCAGGGUGGUUGACUUUUGGAACACUUACAUGGUAAAGAAUACACACUGUAUGUUUCUGUGCAUGUGACUGUAUGUGUGUCGUGCAGCCUUAAAAACAGCCUAAUAUUACCUUCUCUUUGUCUCUGAAUAAUCAUAAAAAUAUUGAACACUGCAGAUUCAGUUGAACACACCAGGGCAAAAUGCAUAGAUAGAAACUCACUUUACUUUUAUAGCAAUAGUAUACUAUUAAGAACAAAACAAAACUCAGGAUACAGUCUGUUCUAAUUUAAGAUAGCAAAAUGCAUCACCAGGCUCUGCUCUCCACUGUGGAAAGAAACGUGCCUAUUGCACUGCUGUACAUCGUCACUACCUAACAUGGGUGCCAAGUAAAUAUUUGUGGAAUUAAACUGAAUUUUAAAAACCAUUCUCUUAUCUACAAUUGCAAAAUAAUAUUGAAAGACCCUAUAAUUUCUAUAAUUUUGAGUUUGAAAUUAUGAUUUUUUUUUCUGUGUCACCAAUUCAUUGAUGGGCCAGUCUUGACUUACUGGUUAGUAUUAAAUAUCACAUAAUGGACCUGAAUCUUUGUAUAACAUCUUUGCCUUUUCUUUUUGAAAAAUUGUUUUGUCUCCUAAGUAGGUUGUAUUUUUAUUGCUCCUUGAAAAAAUAAUGCAUUUAAUGUUUCAAAGAUGUACACAUCAGUAAUCAUUUAUAUAAAUAUUCCCACCACAGAAUAAUUUUCUUAACUUUUAAACACUAUGUAAUUUUGUGAUUUUUUUCAAGAUAUUUUGCUAGGGAAAUGAAUAACAGUUCAUUUUGUAGCACAUUUUUAGAAAUACUUUUUACUUGAAUUGUGUUAUACAAAAGAUUUAUACAUUUCAUUCCCACUGACUGUAUGUGGGUAAAAGGCAAAUAUUUUUAGACACCAUAAGUCUGUGGCCAAGGUCACUCUUCUGUGAUCUAAAUGUUUUACUCUCUACUAGUAAUUGUUGCUUUUUUGUUUGUUUCACUGUAGACUUAGUAGUUAUAUUUUGUCAACCAUGUUACAGUAAUAUCACUGCUGUGUGAAAAUAUUAGUAUGACCUGAGUACUCUAGACAAACGAAAUUUGAUCUUAAAUUCCUCCUUGGGCAGGCUUGGAAACCAGACCUGCCUCUUGUGUAUAGUGGAAUCACAUUUUCUAAAUGGUUUUCUCUGUACCUGAAAAGUAUUGUAUUAGUUUUUAUAUGUGUUCCUUGAGAGAUCAUACCUGUGUGUGUAUCAUCAUAAAAUAUUUAAAUAAAAAGUUGACCUUCGGA